AUGCCCGUCCCCGACUACGGAGUAUGGCGAGCCCACCCGGUGCAUUACAACAUCGACCACGCAUCACAAGACCCCAAAAGCCCCCAUCUUUCUUUAUAUUUCACCGAAACACGAGACAAACACUCUGACAAAUGCCACCACGAAUACACCGGAAGCGGCAAGGAAAUUCGCGGCCUCAACCGUGCCGCCAUCAACAUCAAGUCCGUCGACAAGGACUCGCGCAUAGUCUACUGGUUCAACGAAGAUCUCGAUGAGAACCACCUCACUGACUUGCUAGCCGAUCUGCCACGCGGAUUCCACCCCCUUGGCGAGCAACAGACCCCGGAUCUAGGCCUCGAUUACAUUCGAAACAACAUAAUCAAUAUCCCGAGUGGCAGGCUUCUAGUCCACGACACCGACACCCCAAAAAACGAGUUACUCGAUCUCCUAGAACCGCGCAUGCAGGCCGCAAUCCGCGAACACGCUGACAUCUACCUCUUCGGGUCACGAUCCAACUCCAACUCCGGCUCCGAAAUGCACAAUAUCCACAUGAACCAAGGCAACAUGCCGAAAUACCAAGCUGACGACGGGAUCUUCCAAGACGGAGGGCUAAUCUUUCAUUUCGCGCGCGCCAAGAAAUGGAUCGGCCUCUUCAUCACCUUUACCUCCCAGUCUGCACAUACAGAUGAACAAUCCGGGCACGCGAUCGGCAGCACGACAUGGGCGGAUUUCUUUAACGAGGAUAUGAAGGAAGAGCAUUUAGAGGGUUCGGUCGCCAUUGAAGAAGUUUCUGUCAAUUCACGGAAAUAUCAGCUGAAGAAUUGUACCGAACAUCCCCUGCAGCUUGCGUCGUGGAAAAUUCAUAAUUCGCAUGGGGAAUUUGAAAAGUUGCCGUCGACGGCUAAGUUGGAUGCGUUUGCAUCGGAGGUGUUUGAGGCGCCGAAGUGCGUGCUCUCGGAUCAGGGGGAUAAUAUCACGCUUCUGAAUGAGAAAGGGCUGAAGGUGGCGGGGGUGAGUUAUAGUGCGCAGCGGGUGAAGGCGCAUUCGUCGCCGUUGGUGUUUGCUCAUUGA